UGCCAGUUUUCAGUCUCGUAUUAUUCAUGCCGUAUUCUAGCGUAGAAACGCUACGAAUCUUUUUGCGCUUUCCACUGACUGACUGGACUUGCAACGAAAAUAAAGUACUAACCUGUUUGGUUAACGAACAGUAACUUGUGAAGCGGUGAAUUUCCAAAUAUUUUAUGAGAAGGUAAUUCAGUGACGGAUACUGUUAGACUCUUAAUCUGAAACUUUUUCUAUUAUCAACCUUCAUUAGUGAUGGUGCUCUUCCACUGAAGAAGAAAAUUGGCGAAAUCUGUACUCGAAGGGGCGUACUCGUUUCACAACUGGUAAUAUCAUAUUGUUUGUCAGAAUUUUCAUCACGCAGUGGUUAAGGCUUCUACAAAUGCUUCAGUAAAUAAUAGAAUCUUCAACCUACGUCAACAGCGUUCCCGUUAAGAAGACGACUCAAAAGGAGAAUGGGAUGCAGGCGAAGUACGGCGCUGGACAAACGUUAUUUGAAGCAAACGACAACUCCCUCUUAAAGUCAAGUGUGGAUCCACUUACCGCUGCAUCUACAGGACAAACAUUAGAAGACCUCUAUCAUUAUUCGGAAACGACAUGGAUCGAUCCGUUGUCUCCAGAAGAUUUCCUGGGAUGGAACUGUACGCAAGGAGUGAAUGCUUCUUGCUUGGGGAUAUUGAAUUCCACUCAGGGAAAUGGCACUUCAAACACCUCCAUUUUCAGCCUCAUGAACGAGGAUCCUAUAAGCGACAUCAUUGUUAUGGGAUUACUUUCCAUACUUCUCGGACUUAUGAUCCUCGUGACAGUCAUAGGAAAUGUGUUCGUCAUUGCGGCAAUAUUGUUAGAAAGGAACCUCCAGAACGUCGCCAAUUACUUGAUUGUGUCUUUGGCGGUGGCAGACCUGAUGGUAGCCUGUCUCGUAAUGCCUCUGGGAGCUGUUUACGUGAUAAGUAAUAAUUGGAUAAUGGGCCCUGAAUUGUGCGACAUGUGGACAUCCAGCGAUGUCUUGUGUUGUACAGCAUCCAUUCUUCAUUUAGUUGCUAUUGCGGUUGAUAGGUUUUGGGCUGUAACAAACGUAGAUUACAUUCACACCAGAAAUAGUGCAAGAAUCGGUAUAAUGAUCCUAGUAGUUUGGAGCGUAGCCCUCAUAGUAUCAUUAGCUCCUCAGGUUCCUCAGUUCGGUUGGAAAGAUCCCGAUUACCUUUAUAGGAUAAACGUUAAAAAACAAUGUCUCGUCAGUCAGGAUCUUUACUAUCAAAUAUUCGCGACAUGUUCCACCUUUUACGUUCCUUUGCUAGUUAUUUUGGUCCUCUACUGGAAGAUAUUCCAAACGGCACGGAAGCGAAUCCGUAGGAGAACCGAACAGAGGAAACACGUGGAAAGUACGUCGUCCGGCUGCAAAGGUAGCAAAGGUUUCCUUUCGAAACGCAAGUUCCUGCGGAUGAAGAAAAGUUCCCAUAAAAAGUCAUCCGCCACGGAAGCCCUAAUGGCUUCGUUAGUGAUGGUCGAAGGUCAGUCGACUACUACAAUGGAAGUAGUCGACGAACUGGACGAGGAGACCGAUCAUAGUAACGAAAAGAAAGAGAAAGAGGAAACGACUGCAUUUACGAUAAUGAAGCCAAUGGAUCAGUGCAGUCCGCAGAAUAACGUGAUCGUAACCGUUUCGAAUAACGUAUCACCAGAAAAAUCAUCGACUGCCACCACAAAUAACGGUUCGGCCAGUCACCAAAGUGAAACUAGUAAAGCGGAAAUCAGCUCGAAAGAUUCUCAUCUUUGUCCGAAAUCGGUAAAUAAAUUAACAUCGUUUAGAAGGGAAAAAAAGGAAACAAUCGAAGCGAAACGGGAACGAAAAGCGGCAAAAACACUCGCCAUUAUAACAGGAGCGUUCGUUAUGUGUUGGUUACCUUUCUUCAUCCUGGCCCUUUUAAUGCCAUUGUGCGAUAAAUGUAAUAUAAGCGGUUACGUUAUGAACUUCUUCCUGUGGCUAGGAUAUUUCAACUCGACGUUGAAUCCGGUCAUCUAUACAAUUUUUAGCCCCGAAUUUAGACAAGCCUUCAAGAGGAUCCUCUGCGGAGGUCACCGACGGCAUCCGAGGCCGUUUCGCGGCAAAGUGAGAUAAAAGAAAAGUCCUAUUAAAUUAAAUCUUCGUUUAUUACUGAUAGAUUUACGUCUGUACAUAAUGUUGAUUAAGAAAUUACAAACACUACUGUGUCUUUCUUUACCAUAGCCGUACCGCGAUAGGUUCUACAUUGUUCACCUCAUAAUUGUACUUAGAUAAAGGUCUACAAAUAAAAAAGUUAUUGGCACCGCAGAAAUUAAAGGAGGUUUACUCGAAGUAAAUCGGUACACUGAAACCUAAAUCUAACCUGAAAACUAUCUACAUCACAUCAGAAUUUUGAGAUGGAUAUUCUUAUUUUAGAGCAUGAAAAUGAGGUCCAAUUAUAAUAAAACAAAAGUGAUUUUGGGGAUGAAUUACAUUUGGGCUGACUCCCAACGGGAGAACUGUUGAAGUUUGAGAAUCGCAUUGCCGGUGAUAGGCAAUGUUUUGAUGCUGUCUUCUGUUAGAUGUUAGAUAUCCGGUCUUGACUGGUCCUUUUAUCCUUUUUGCUGAAUUUAUAUAUUGCGUUAUUAGUUUAAGAUUACGUGUGCGUCAUCAGUAUAAUAUAUACAAAACAAUUUGACGAAUAUUAACUGAAGUUAGCAACGGUUGACAUAUUGAACUUCUCAUUAAAAUAUAGGAAAGUGUGGCUACUUAACUGUAGAAGAGGGAAUGUAAAUGCUAGUGGUGAGUUUCAUUAUUUUGGAGAUUACUACGUUGUGCAGCUUUAAAAUGAGUCCUUGGAUCCACACUCUAUCUAACGUUCUAUGUCUAAAAGGGUUGACGUGGUGGUUCAUUCCCCUAUAUAUUAUUUGGUUAUUGUGCUAGAGUGACAUUUUUGAAUCAAAAUUGAUGGGUUGGGAUAAUAUUUUUGUCAAGGAUAUUUAAUUAAAGAUGCAUAAGUAUUAUUGUAUCGAUUAUUUUGCCUAUAGUUUGGAGAAAGCUGAUGAGUCUGUAUCUCCCUGGUUGAUUGGAUAGUUUUUGAAACUCUAAGAUCAUCACUAUGUCAGAGGUUUUCCGUAUUUCAGGGAAGUAUUGCAUUGCACAUGUUUUAUUCCAUUUGGUGGAAAUUCCUUUAAUGCUUCGAAUGUAAUAAUUUCUGGUACAGCUGCUUAUCUAUUGUUUUUAUACUUCUCGCUUAGUACUUAAUGAACCACAUUGUUGAUGUGCUUUUAUUAGAUGUUGUGUUGUAUGCUGUCAUCAAUUGGGUUUGGUUUAAACUAAUCUUCAAUGUGGAUUGCGAGAAGUUCUGCUUUAUCUUUAUUGGUGGUUGUGAUUGUGUUAUCCACUGUUUUAAGUGGAGCGAUGUUAUUUUUUUCUUAUUUUGAAGAGUAUAGACUGCGGCGGACUGUUCGACCUCAUCAUGUUUUUCUUUGUAUCUGCUUUUGUGUCAUUCAGGUGAGUAAGUGAGCCUAUUUAGGGUUUUUUGUUCUACAGACAGUAUCUUUGGAGAUAUAUCUUUCCGUCUUUGCACUUUUCGUUAUUCAAGUCUAUGAUGGCUUUGAUUUCUUUUGUUCUGGUAUGAAUGCAUUGUAGAAUUGUUCUUGUGUACACUUCUGAAAUGUAAUUUUUGCUUAUUCUAAUUUUUCAGCGUCCAAGUAGGUAGUUUGUAGUUUUUAUCUUGUACACCCGAUUUGAACUUGCUCCAGGUUGCGGUUCAUAUUUGUUCAGUGUCCAUUUCUUCAUCUGAUCCAAUGCGUUAUACAAUUGAGUUGUGAUUAGCUGGUUGCCUUUUAUGGAGUUUAUUUGAAAUUGGUGGGUUUGUGUUAGUAAUUAGUCUCAUUGGUGCUAUGGGUAGAUUUUGUUUUUAGUCAGCGUAUCGUUUUAGAUUUUUUCCUCUGGUGUUUUCUAUUCUUGAGUACCAUUUGUAAAUUUUUAUGUUGUAAGUCGUCUAUGGUUAUCUUUGCAGCGUUACCUUCUUGUAGUUUAUUCAUUUGAUCUACAUGUAGCGAUGGUUGCUCAUUCUUCCUGGUUGGUAGUAGAUACUGUAAAUCGGGGUUGUUCCUAAGUCUACUUUUGUUUUCUGGAGAUUUGUAGAAGUAUCGUUGUCCAAUUUACCUUCUGUCUUCGAACGAUAUUUACCGAAUAACUACAAGUAGCUUAUUUGUAUCUUAUCUGUAGUUAUUUGAUAAGCACUAUGAAAAUGCAUUAUUUUUUAUUUUCAAAAGUAAUUGGACGUGCACCAUAUAAAAUUGUUUCAGCACGGAAAAAAAAUAUUUUUUUGAAAUUCGAAAACGGAAAUUAAAAAACAUGCUUUCCGAUAUGAGCGAAUAUAGUUUUUGUUUGUAAAACGAGAAAAAUAUCUCAAAAUUCUGACAUAGGCCAAAAUUCUGAAGUCAGGUUUUGAUUCAGUGCACUAAAUUCCUUCCGGUAAAGCCCUUUUCAUUACUGUGGUAAAACCUGUGUUAUCAAUAAUAGGCACCGCUUUUCAUUAAUCUGAUGUAGCAAAAUUGUAGAAUGUUACUGAAUAUUUCAUUAUCUGUUAAUCGGGAGAAUAGUUUCAUGCGAUCGGGGAUCAGUAGGAUUAAAUUACCAUAUCUGAAUAACCUAAUUUACUACUACUACUACUACUACGUUUUUACCAUCAGUAAUAAGUACCGCAACAAGAUGGCUAUUCACCUAAAUAGUAAAUUAAAUUAUUUUACGUGCAAGUUAUUUGAAUGUUAGAAUUGAUUCUAUGUUAUGGGCUUCCACAAAUAACUUAUUACUAUAGACCGUUUGAAAUGGUUGGCAUUUCUAACAAUAAAUGUUCACGAGUCCGUUUGCAGCAGUCCUUUGUGAAAUUGAGGAACAUAGCUGGACUUUACUAAUGCAUUAGUGCGUAUGCUAAUAAAAUGUAUACAACAUAUGGACACACGGUACAUAACGUUAUUGUACAUACAUAAGUAAUUAAUUGUCUUUGUACUAUGUGUAUAAGAAUGCUUUAUUUGUUAUAACAACUAGUUACGAUUCAAGGAAAAUUCACUAGCAUUUUAAAUGUCAAGUAUAAGUACUUCUUAUUUUACUGAAAUUAAUCAUAUGAAUUGUGUUUUGAAGAGUAAAUUUAGAUUGCAUGUUCCAUAUUAACCCAACCUGACCUCAUUUUAACUCACUCUUGGUUGAAAACAAAUUAGGUAAUAGGCAAUUUGGUCUAGUCAAAAUUAAUUUAACAAGAUUUGGUUUGGGAAAACACAUUACAUAAAAUUUUACUACCUACAUCAACAACGACGAGACCAAGCUUACCAUACUCUACUAACAGACCGAGUAAACGUAAUAAAUAGAAUUCUAUUAAAUCGCAAUUCAGUGCUAUUGUCUUUAUUGUUUUGUUUAGAAGCUCUAAAAUGAAAUAAUACCUUCUAUUAAUGGUUGCGACAAAUUUUGCAAUGUCUAACAAUUAAAUAUAUAUAUAUAUAUAUAUGUAUAUCUUUGCUAAUCGGAAAUUAGGGUAGAUAGGUACAUACGUUAAUAUAAUUAAAUAAGCGGAGAGA